AUGGCUGGGUCCGCGUCCGGAAUAUCUCUUCCGAACAGCUCGUUCUUCAAUAUAUAUACCGAUGGAGGGCCAGUAGCCCGGACGUCGCCCGCCCCAGUUCUUCCAGGCGGGCGGUGCAAUUUUGUGGAUCUAUCUCAUGGAGCCAAUGGGCCGAAAUGUGGUUGUCGCCGGUUCUGGAGUCGCGGCACAGGUGGUCCAGGUGGAUUUUCAGGAUAUUCCAAUGGAGAUUUUGCUGGAACCGAGGCGGACCAAGUUGCCUGGUGCAUGUGUUCCCAUCAUGCUUGCUACCAUGACGAUGAUACUCAGGGAGGACAAGUUGCUACUGUCACAACCCUUGCUGCCGAUGGAGGUCAGGAGAAUGAACGCCCAAGGAUAAAUCGAGAGCCUCUGACCCCUGUGGUUCAGGAGCUGUCCUUCCAGAUGCCACCAGUAGCGGAUCAGUCCAGGGAUUUUCAUACAAUCAACAAUGCGUCGUUUGGUGCAAACAUUCAGGGUGGUACAUACACGCCUCAAGGCGAAACGGCCACACCAGCGCCGGAGCCUUCUCUGCCCGACACGCUGAGUUGGUCAAACUUCACCCAAACACCGUUGGGCCAACAAAAGACUAGUCCUUUGCCGCCCAUUCCCAGUCAAUGUUUAUUGUCUUCGCAGCCAAGCUCGACCACCUCUUCGGCUCGGAUAGCCUACCAUCGACCGUUUGCUGGGACUGGACUCCAAACAUUUAGUGGUGUGAAGUCCAAGCUACGGGAGGCCCAACUGAACCAGGAUGAUGACAUAUCGCCACCCAACAAAGACGCAGUCACGCCAAGCCAACUGUCUGAUACGGUUCAAGGGCAUGAACUACGCCUUGACAGACUAGAGCACGCAUCGUUUAGCAAUGAUCAUGAGGACUGCCAUGAAAAACAUGACCAAGCCGACCUGCGAGUCACUGAACUCGAGUCACGGGUGGAGGAAAUGGAGAAGAUGCUCAACGACAGCAGCAGCACAACAAGCAGACAUCACCACUUUCGAGCCACCUGUGCUGAUGAGUCGGCAGCUAGCACUGUCUCUGUGUCCACUGACGCCAGUGGCCACACCGAUCGUGCUGAGCUUUUCAGCCAACUCCAAGCUUUGAAGGCCCAGCUUAGCCAGCUCCAAGGCCUGUCCUCCUUCCCAUCAUACACGCGACCUUGGGAGGUUGAAGUCGUCUUCCUACCGUUUCCACUCAAGGGCGUAUGGUUGCCGUCUCGUGACUUCCCCAGCCAACGGCGCUCGGGAGGAGACGGUGUGAAUUUUGACCAGUGGACACAGCUCCCCGAUACAGUCUCGGCCAUGGAGCCCUCAUCACCCGGCUUUAAUGAAUGGAUCGGUCCGGAGUUGCAGUCGGAUUGGUUGCUGCCGCGUGCUUGCGCGCCUAACAAAAUGGUAGACAAACGACUUAGAAGCCGCGGUCUAGUCAAGAACGUUCUGGUCCGCGGCCCUGACGCGCGAAGCAUCGAGCAGGCCAUUUCUGCCGCAUUCGGGACCCUGUUCCGUACUUUGUCACGCAUGCAGGCAAAUGUGUCGAUGCACAGCCGCGUCCAUCAAUACCUGGGCAUUCAACAGCCCUGGGUCCCACUGCGCAAGGUUCACAAGGACUCCCGUUUGCGUUUCCUCUCACCUGCUGAGAUGGUCACGCCAGCGAUGUGGGAUGUGUCAUUCCUGAGCUCCAGCGUCGUCAUGAAGGCGACGGGAGUCCAUCGGCUGUUCAUUACCCAACCCGAGGCUUAUCUCCAAGACCUGGAUGCAUAUGACAAUGGUUGGAGCUGGCAUCGUCUCAGGGAACUCAGUCGUGUCUAUCCUGACUCACAGAGCAGCCAGCAGGACGUGCCUGAGGCCGACGCCAUGGAGGACUGUUGGGCUUGGAAUGAUAAGUUGGAUGAACAUCCAUCCAGCCCGACCACCUCUCAGUUUCUCAGCCUGCGCCAGGCGGAACAGCCGAGGUUCAAAUCGGCGAGCAUGAGCCCCAGCCAACAACAUUUCCUCAUGGGACGGUCGCCAUCUCUGUCGAUCAGCCGGACCCGGGCUCAGUCACCCCUGGUGCCACUCAACGAGCGCAAGCCUUCGGUCUCCAGGCCACCACGCGUUCGCACCACCUCGAUGCCGCCCGCUUUACCGCCUAUGUCAUCGCCCUCGCAGGCCCAACGUCGUUUGGCCUCCGCCCGCCUCUCCAACAUCCAUCCGUACCCCUAUGACGGUCGGCUGUCACCGCAACUCACACGCACCAAUAUGAAUAUGGGCCAUUCCUGGGCCAUUACAAAGCGGACGCGUAGCUCCAGAUCUCCAUCCGGACCUGUGUCGGCCAGGAUGAGGAACACACCACGCUGGAUCACAGCGAGUCCUAGUCCAAUACCAGAGGGCUUUGUCCACGGUGGGGGGGGCAACUCGGCUGCAUGCAGGCAGACAACGCCGCUAUAUUACGCCACCCCUUAUAGUAAUGCACCGUACGUGGACACGCGCCAUCACCGGGGAGUAAUUGAACCGGAUGAUGACGAGGGUAGUGGUACGAAUUCAUACGACAUGGCUGAUGUGAACAACGCCCAUGGCAGUGAGGACGAUGAGUCUUCGGGAUACGAAGACGACAGUGUGAUGCUUGAUCUUGGCCACCCCCGCACCAGGAACGAGGACGAUGAAGACUGGCAAGAAGCGCAGCAUCCACUGCCGGAGGACGAGCCUUGGCCUGGUAUCGAGGAUGAGGAAAACCGAGAUCCAGAAGCGCUGGCGCUUGAGGCAGAGAAGCGUAGCCGACAAAGCAGCGUACCGAGCGAGUAUCCUAGUACUCAGCGGGCGUGGACGGCUGGCCAGGAGGAGUUCAGUGUGUUUGAAGAUGGCGAUGGCGGCCGCUGA